CUGCUCCUGACCCGAACCCGUAGCUCGUAAGCGUGAAUCACAGACGUAGUACCGCUAGCGGCCCGCUCGCAACAUACCCGCGUCCGCUCUGCAAACUUCACCUCACGGGAAUCAUUCUCCUCAGGAUUUACUCGACGAGAAAGGAAACAUGUUACACAGGCGACUGUGAGCUGUGAAGAACUCUCUCUGGGAUUGCACGAGGAAUUUUAAGAUUCUCUCCAAAGUGUCGUCUGAUAAACAUGGCGGGAGAAACUCCACAGAGCGUGGAAGUGGUGAAAGUGGGUUUCCUUGGCCUGAGUGACGGGAAGCGCGAGCCUGAGAUUGUGCGGGUACAGCUGACAUCAGACAGCCUGGUACUGCAGCGGGAGGAGACAGUGUACGGGAACUCACUGGCUGCUAUAAGCUCACAGGUAAACAACUUUGAUAUUGACAGCAACAGAGAAAGAUCAGUUAUCCUCAGAAGACAAAAAUCAGGAGGUCUUGGACUGAGCAUUAAGGGUGGCGCAGAGCACAACAUCCCUGUCCUUAUAUCAAGAAUAUUCAAGGACCAGGCCGCUGAUCAGACAGGCCAACUUUUUGUUGGUGACGCAAUAAUCAAGGUUAACGGUGUCAACGUAGAACAUUCAACACAUGAUGAUGUGGUCCAGCAUUUGAAGAACUCUCCAGAUGAUGUCAAGUUAACCGUUAGAUACUACAGAGCAGCGACACCCUACCUAAGAGCACCGGCCAAGCGGUCCAGAUACUCGUCUGAAACGUGUAACGGGAACGCCACUGUGGCAGAGAACGACACCAGCAACUCCGAAUGGAAGACACCGCCCAGAAGUCCGACAGUACCGUUGACGGGAGGCCGUUACGAGAAACGUUGGACCAACAUCCUGACCAUCCCCCUGGCUAUGGCGGCGCUCACCAAGUAUCAAACUGGUACAGACAAGCUCAGACCGAACUCGUUCGAGGUGUGGGGCGGAGACGGCGUGACGUCGGCCGUGCUCCACUGUAACGAUGUCACGGAGGUCUCGGACUGGUGCCGGGUCAUCACCACCGCCAUCGCAGCUGCUAACGCAACUUUCAUAAAAAUCUCAAACGACACUGCAUCCCCCUUACACCAGAUCACCCACAUGGGAUGGAUGAGUGAGCGGAUAGGUGCCUCCAAGAGCUUCCAGAACUGGAAACCCAGAUUUGUGGCACUCAGGGGGGAGGACAUGUUCAUCAUGGACACCCCUCCGGUUAGCCAGAGAGACUGGGUGAGGUGUGACCGGAUGUACAAGCUACAUGAGCUCAUGUGUAAAAUGAACAGGGACCAGGAAGUUUUAGACGACAGACUGUACUGUCUGGGUGUGCAGCUUUCCACAGGAGAGUCCUGCUACCUUAGUGUGGAGACUAAAGAAGAGUUAACUCUGUGGUUAGGAGCUAUACAGACUGCUACACACCAUGCUGUCAGGAUUAUAGGGAGGAAAACUUUUGGAGUGAGCUGGCAGAGGAGACUGUCUGCACUUACUCUUGACUUCACUUCUGGCUUUACUCUGUACGAUGGGGAAAAUAAGACAGUGUUAUGGACCUACAAGUUCUCCCAGCUGAAGGGUUCCUCAGAUGACAACAAGUCUAAAAUCAAGCUCCUGUUCCAGUCCCCCAACCUCAGGCACAUAGAGACACAGGAGCUGGAGUGCCCCAGCCUGCAGGCUCUCCUCUUCAGUAUGCACGCCUUCCUGUCCGCCAAGCUCGCUGCCGUCGACCCCAUGUUUGUACGCAGUCUCGCCAACAUGGCGGUCUAACCUUAUAGUUACCACUAACCUCCUGUGCAGACAUUGUGGUUGGCUGGCAGUUUUCUGUGGCUUUUUUGCACGGCAGUUUUCUUACCACUUGUGUGUUCUAAUAUCGGAGCUUGAGCACUUCUAGGGUUGGCAUAUCAAUCAAGUUCGGCCAUGUCGGGAAAUGCGAGUGAUCAGAAAACAGUACAAGAAAGCCACAGAAAAACACCAAGAAUGUCUGCACACUGGCAGCCCCUUUUCUCUAUCUGAAUCAGGACUUGUAGCUGAUAAUAAUCUUUUACAAUCAUGUAACUUGAUUAUGCUGUUAAUUGAUAUUCCCACCACAAUGGGAAGUUUGGAUCAUCAACUUUUAGUGAAGGUUUCUUUUUCCCUCACACGUUUUUUAAAUUUGCACAAUUCAAGAUUUUAAAUUAAAGCUCCAAAUUGUAAAAAAAAAAAAAGAGAUUAAUACAGCAUAAAGUAUGUUGUUCAAAAUGAAUCUACAUUUGUACAUGUAUGCUUUUUUGCUCCAAGUUUUGGGGUCCAAACAGUGAACGUUAUUCAUGAAAUCAAACUUAUUUCUUACCAUUAAAACAACUGGUGUUGGCUGGUCUUAUACGCUUGUAAUAAGCUGAACUUUUACUAAGUGUACAGAGAUCCUUGUACAGUCUUUGUACAGCAGACAGUAUUUUUGCUAUAAUCGUCUAAAAAAACAGAACUAUCCAAAGUGCACUCUACUCAGAUACCCUCAAUAUUGCAUUAUUCUAGAUCCCUUCUGAUAAAAGGUACUAGUAACAAAAAUUUUGUUCUGCGAAAGUAAUUUUAUAAGUGUACCAUGACAGUACUAUUGUGAUGUUAUUCUGGUCCUAUUUUUGUCUUGUCUUCUCCAAAGGUUGUUUAAUGUUUGUGGCAGACAUAUCUAACCUCGUAAAAAUAAUCCUAUCAUAGUUUUUAACAUCAUACAUGUAAAACUGUUGAUAUAGUGAUAGUUUUAAUAUAUUAUAACAUUUUUGUAAUUGUUAUGCUAUUAAAUGAUGUAUUGUAUUUUGUGUAAUGCUUUUAAAUGUAACUAAAAUGUCUUUUUAUUAAUAUACAUUGUAACAAUUAUGCCAGAAUAAGAUUUUAGACAAAUGCAAAUUGUGUGCACAGAUUUUUCUUCAGAAUCAGUCCUUUAGAGAAUAAGACACUUAUUUUGACUCCAUAAGCUAAUUAAAGCUACAGUUUCUA